AUGAAGUCUAGUGGGAAGAUAGCGAGGCUUGAAGAACGACUUGUCGCAUACGGGAGCUCCACCUUCUCAGUCUUACAGGCACUGUAUAAAGACUUGUCGAAGGACGCUGCGGCAUGGACAGAAUAUGAGACCGAACUCGCUCUACUAUUGCACAUCAUCGAAAGCAUAACCAAGCACGUACCCAACGAUCCCGCCGCCUACCCCGAGGCUCUGCUCGCACUCCUCCUCGACUUGACCGAAGCCGCUCAGACAGGGCGUCAAGUGGCUCAGUCUGCCCAAAAGACUGGAUUUCUCGGUAUCCGCUGGGCUUCCAUUCCCGCAACGCAAGAGCUUGAGCGCUUAUUCAAGCGGAUACGAGCGAAACGCGAGAUCCUGCAGCUGUACAUCGGCCAGGACAGCCUCAACGUCGCGAGAAGCACGAAAGAGAAUACUGUUGCGAUAAUGGGUUCUCCACUUUCGCAGCCCACGUGGACCGCCGAAGCAACAGGAACAUAUGUUACUCAUCGGGCAAUGAAUGGGUGGGGCCGUCUGGCUGAGAAGUUGGGUGUAAUACCUAACAUGAAGUCCACCGUGAAAGGUGACUAUGCUGUCCAAGAUGCUUUCAAUUUCAAUGAGGGCAUGACGGGCGAACAGCUCGAUGGGAUGCGACAGGAUGCUUUUGCUCACGGGAACCGAGAGAACAGGAACCGAGCGAACGAGACCGAGAAAGAGACGCCCACCGAAGUCGAAGCGAUGGAGGCGGAGACACAAGAGACACCACUCAGGCUACUAGAGGCCCCAAGCUCUGAGGUUGGCGCGCCUUCUGGGGAUGUGCAAGAGUGCCUUGAGACGGCGGAGCGCAAAGCAAAUUGAGCAAUCUUGAAGGUUGGAAAUAAUGCGGAGACUCCAACGCCAAUUGAUUAUCUUUCAGC